AUGGAAGGAAUUCCUAGAUGGUUACUGUAUUCUCUGAUAUCGUCGGUGCUUUGUAUACUAGGGGCACUGUGUGUGCCGUUGAUAUCGGUUGCGUUUGAUAACAAGCGGAACAGCCAGUCGAAGCUGGUCAAUUACGGUCUCUCUCUAAGUGCUGGGUCCAUGAUAACCACGUCGCUGUACAUGCUGCUGCCUCGGAUUGACAAAUCAAACCGGUUCAAGGUGUUUCCUGGGUUGCUCAUUGGUAUUUGCCUCAGUUUUUUCCUGAACUACCUGGUUCAUGCCUUUGCUAGCGAAUCCUUGGUGCACUGUGCCGAUAAGUCUGACAAUGGUACACAUUCGCAUGUACACUCGCUGUCACAAUCACAAUCACAAUCACAUUCACAUUCGCAUUCGCGUUCGCAUCUCGAUAACGAUCAAGAUAUAGAAAAUUCUCCCUCUGGACAUGGCCAACUGACCUCAUCUUCUAGCGUGUCUGAAAAUGACGCAUUGCUCUCAAAGGACAACCAGAGGCCCAAAAUGAAAAGAAAGCUAUCUUUGAUUGAUUUGCUAACACGAAGAAAAUCAGAAGGUGAGUGUCGCGACUUGAACGAGUGCACACCAGUGCUGCAAUCUGAAGAGCCAGAGUAUAUUGCUUGCGUUCCGCCAGUUAUAAAGUCGUCUCAAGAUGAAGGAGAUGUUUCUCAUGGUUCCAGCGAGUCUGACGAUAACCUACAGGGGGAUGCUAAGGACCAUCGCGGUCUUGUUUGUAUGGAGAAUAAUGUUGGUUAUGAUUUGGAAAAUUUAUCACUGUAUCGUAAAAAUUUCCUUUCGAGCCGUCAUAAUCAUACCUCUGGAACCUCUGAGAACUACGGCUCCAAUCAGUCAUCGCACUCUCUGUCGUCAUCUUUGGGUAGCAACAUAGCUGAGGAACCAGCCCCAUUGGUGGAAACACAAUCUCAUCAUGAAAACGCCUCUUUGUACCAUCACCAUCAUCAUUUAGAAACGCCCUUCUCGAAACUAUUGUCCAUUGGUAUGCAGACCUGUCUAGUCUUGGCACUGCAUAAAUUUCCUGAAGGUUUCAUUAUUUUCUACACCAAUAGAUCAGAUUCCUCAAAAUCCUUGGGGUUUUCUAUCUUUUUAAGUUUGACGAUUCAUAAUUUCGUUGAGGGGUUCGCAAUGACUUUGCCAUUUUACACUGCAUUCAAGUCUAAAUGGGUUGCCAUUUUAAUUACUGCCGUCCUCGGUGGUGGUUCUCAGCCAUUGGGGGCAUUAAUAGGUUAUUUUAUUUUCAGGGGUAGCACUCCAAAGGACCACGAACCAAAUAUGGAUCUCUUAUUGAGCAUCACCGCAGGAUUCUUGUUGGUAAUUGGUUUGCAAAUGUUCCAAACCGGUAUUGGCUUUAGCGAUGGGCAUCAUCAUCAUUCAGAUGAAGGAGAUGAAGAAAUGAAACAGUCUCACUGUUCUGGUACGACUUGCCUAAAAUGGUGUUGCACUGGUGUUUUGCUUAUCCUAGCAAGUGCCUUAUUCACUUGA